GAGGGGGACGAGGGGGACGAUCUGGUAGCUGAAAAGGGAGGGAAGAAGCAGCUAGAAGUUGGCGAGGUGACAUAUGAUGCCAGGUCCCUCAUGAUCAAUGGAAGACGGAAGCUUUUCUUUUCGGGUUCUAUUCAUUAUCCGCGGAGCACGGUGGAAAUGUGGCCUGAUCUUCUCAAGAAGGCUAAACUGGGAGGUUUGAAUGUGAUCGAAACUUAUGUCUUUUGGAACCUUCAUGAGCCUGUGAAAGGCAAGUUCAAUUUCGAGGGCAAUGCCGAUUUGGUGAAGUUCAUUAGGCUGGUACAGGAGCACAAAAUGUAUGUCACCCUUAGGGUUGGCCCAUUCAUCCAAGCAGAAUGGAACCAUGGAGGGCUUCCAUAUUGGCUGAGGGAGGAACCCGACAUCAUAUUCCGUUCGGAUAAUCCAUCAUACAAGCACCACAUGGAGACGUUCGUAACGAAAAUAAUUGCGAUGAUGAAACAUGAGAAGCUAUUUGCUCCACAGGGAGGUCCAAUCAUCUUAGCACAGAUUGAAAAUGAGUACACUCAUGUCCAACUUGCAUAUAAAGAAUUGGGAAACAGUUAUAUACAGUGGGCAGCAAAUAUGGCACUGUCGCAGAAUGCCGGCAUACCAUGGAUCAUGUGCAAGCAGAAGGAUGCUCCUGAUCCAGUGAUUAAUACUUGCAAUGGAAGGCACUGUGGAGAUACUUUUACAGGCCCUAAUAAGCCCCACAAGCCUACUCUGUGGACUGAGAAUUGGACUGCUCAGUACAGAGUAUUUGGUGACCCUCCUUCACAAAGAUCAGCAGAAGACAUUGCAUUUUCAGUUGCGCGUUUUUUCUCAAAGGACGGAACCCUAACCAACUACUAUAUGUACCAUGGUGGGACAAAUUUUGGAAGAACAAGUGCUAUUUUCACAACAACUCGCUACUAUGACGAAGCUCCUCUCGAUGAAUAUGGUUUAAAAAGGGAGCCUAAAUGGGGUCACCUCAAGGACUUGCACAGGGCUUUGAGUCUAUGCAAGAAGCCUUUAUUUGCAGGAACUCCUGGAGUACAAAGGUUGGGGAAAGAAACAGAGGCUCGUUUCUAUGAGAGACCUGGGACAGACAUAUGUGUUGCUUUCUUGGCAAACAACCACUCUACAAUUGAAACAACUGUGAAUUGGCGUGGCCAGGAAUAUUUCCUGCCACCACAUUCUAUUAGCAUCCUCCCUGAUUGCAAGACUGUGGUCUUCAACAGUCAACAGAUUGUAUCACAGCAUAAUUCAAGGAACUUUGUUCGAUCGAAGGCUGCUAACAAAUUUAACUGGGAGAGGUUUUCAGAACCCAUUCCAACCACCGUGCAAAUCCCAGUCAACCAAAAGAGUCCACAGGAACUGUACCACUUGCUAAAAGAUGCCACAGACUAUGGAUGGUUCACCAGUAGCCUUGAGCUGGGUCCAUAUGACUUGCCAAUGAAGGAAAGUAUUCGCCCAGUUUUACGAAUUCCAAGUCUUGGUCACGCAAUGAGUGUAUUCGUCAAUGGUGAAUUUGUUGGAACGGAACAUGGAAGCCAUGCGGAGAAGGGUUUUGUUUUUGAGAGACCUGUUACAUUCAAGCAAGGGGUCAACCACAUAUCACUGCUUUGCAUGACAGUGGGACUCCCAGAUAGUGGAGCCUACAUGGAGCACAGAUAUGCAGGACCCCGUACCAUAACAGUCCUGGGAUUGAACACCGGGACAAUCGAUCUCUCACAAAAUGGCUGGGGGCAUAGGGUUGGCCUGAAUGGUGAAAAUCUCCAAGUGUUCACCAAGAAGGGAGCACAAAAAGUCCAAUGGACUAAAGCAGCUGGGAAAGGAAGGGCUCUCACAUGGUACAAGACAAAUUUUGAGGCUCCUGAAGGGAAAGACCCCGUUGCUAUCCGGAUGGCUGGUAUGGGCAAAGGGAUGAUUUGGGUGAAUGGUAAAAGCAUAGGCCGGCACUGGAUGUCCUUCCUCUCUCCUCUUGGACAGCCUACCCAAUCCGAGUACCACAUCCCAAGAGCCUUCAUUGAGCCAGGUCAAAAUUUCCUUGUUGUAUUGGAGGAGCAGGAGGCUGACCCCAAAGAUAUUGAGAUCCUGACCGCCAACAGAGACACCAUCUGUGCCAUAAGCACAGAGAUGCAUCCUCCACACGUGAAGUCGUGGGAGAGAAAGGGCGGCGAGCUCAAAACCGUUGGACCUGUCUCCGGAGCCAGUGCUCAGCUCAUGUGUCCAAACUUGAAAAAGAUUGUUGGUGUGGACUUUGCAAGCUUUGGCACUCCUGAGGGCAUGUGCGGAGCCUACAAACCUGGCAAAUGCGACUCUCCGGCAACCAGGAAGGUUGUUGAAGAGCAUUGCUUGGGACAGACUUCAUGUACAGUCCCUGUGGACCCCAAGCUUUUCUUCAAAGCUGAUCCUUGCCCAGAUAUCAACAUCAAGACACUUGCUAUCCAAGUAACUUGUGCCCUUUAAGGGGUUCAGAGAGUUUUAUAGAGAACUUUUUUGGGGUGAUCGAUUGUCGUCGUGCAUUGAAGUGAAGAUCCUGCAGCUAGAUUUGUGAAGAUCCUAGAAGCUCAAAUCUGUUCUUUGUGGUAAUUUAGUUCUCAUAAACAUGUAUCCAGAUUUUUCUUUUUGUGAUGUUCAUUCAUAAAUAUAGAGGCUGACUUAGUCAGUCAUUCAUUUUCUUUAUGCAAAUCUUUCCCAAGUUGC